AGCACUUCCUUUGGGGCGUUCGUUUGUGAGAGUUUAUGGUUUAUCUGCCUCUGCCAUAAUCUGAUAUAUUACAGCUGAGCUGAGUUCAAGUUAGUUUACCAAAAUAAACAAACCUUUUUUGUUUAUUCCAAAUUUUUCCCAUGUCAAGCUAGAGGCCAAGACCCUGCUAGAGGCAGAGAGAAAAGAAGAAGCCAAAUACAGAGGGCCGAGCGAGAGGGGAUACAAAAUACAACCAUAACCAAUCUCUAUUCUAUUUUCAUAUCUGGGUCCGGGCACGGUCCCGCCCGGGUAUCCUUCUUUUGACUUUCGCAUUUUGCUUGCAUUGCAUAUUUGGUUUAAUUAGUGUGCGUACUUAUAUAGAAGGCAUUGUUGUAUGUUUUCCCAUAGAAGAUUGAUGUGAUUUCAAGGUGCAUAAGUUUCUGGAAUUAAAGACGAAAGCUUUUUUGCAACAAAACAAGAAAUCAUAUCUAUCAAAAUGGAGAACAUGGAAGGAUUAAUAAUGGAUGAACGAGUUCAGUCAAUAGUUAAAAAACGAAUGGCGGCCUUCGAAACGGCUAUAAUUCCUCUAGUAAAUAGCAAGCUAUUUGACCAAGAGGAAAUGAGUAAACUUAUAAAUAAAGUGGGACUGCAUGAACUAAAAUUGGCUGCUCUGAAGCCGGGCUUAGAUGAUUUCAACUCUGCAACUAAAUAUGAAGAAGGAGUAUAUUUUGAACUGCGGAGACGCGCAAAACACGUUCACGCUCUUCAAGAUAUUGAUCAGUUGGAAAGGAUAUUUGUAAAGAGAAUUCUGGCAACUUAUCGCAAAGGCUUGAAACACUAUCCUAAUGAUUAUCACUUCAAUUCGAAUUGUUUCGAGUUCAUAAAACGUUUUCCUGAUUCUCAAAUUUUAACCCGUCAAAUUGCUACCAACAUGUUAGAGUUAUUUGAAUAUAACCCUGAAGUCGUCAGAAAAAUAGCAUCUUGGUAUUUCAUAAUUGGCAAAACCGAGAAUGCCUUCUGCAUUUUGCUACGUGGACGAGACCGCUAUCCAGAUAGUAUGAGAAUCUACCUUGACCUAAUUGAAUUGGAAAUUAAACUUUACCAUGAAAUGAAACUUUACAAGGAAAAGAGCAACCACCAAACACUAACACUCAUACUAAAUCGCUUCAAAACAUACAUUGAUGGAAUUGUAAGGGCGAAAAUUACUUACAGGUUUUUGAAGGAAAUCAUACUGAUAAUUGAAAAUUUGGAACCUUUCAAGGGAGUUGUCGAUUAUACUAUAGAACAGAUUAUUCUUGGAUAUACAAAUGAGCCAGAUGCAUGGACUUUCAUUGCCUUAAGGGAAUUAAAAGGCGAUUCUUAUCUUUAUGAUCGUAAAAGAAGCACUCCACAUUUUUAUAUUCUAAAGGCAGUACAAAGAUUUAAGGAUGGGAUUCUGAUGGUGUCACCUGCUAAUAAACCUAUUUUAUGGAGAAAAUAUUUGGACAUGCUCAUGAAAGUCCAUAAGGAACAAAAAAGUUCGCAGACACUCAGCUUACUUCAAGAUGGUUUAGAAGCGGCUACUAGGGCAGAAAUUCCCCUUCAGGAAGCACACUAUGUAGCAUGGUUUGAAUGCGGUUUAAAUAAUGUGGUGACUCUAAUAGAAAAAAUGGAAGAAGGUACUAAGAAACAUCCAUCAUCAGUACUAUUAUGGUCUUUAUAUUUGAAGUUUUAUAUUUGUCAAGACGACCGGAAUUUGGCAGCAUAUGUGUUCGAAAAGGCAAUUGAUGCUUUGGGACCAAAAUCAGUGAAAAUAUGGGAGGCUUAUUAUUCCUAUCACAAGCUUGGAUUCCCACCUAGGGAUAUAGAUAUUUUGUUUCAAAAAGUGAUGAGCCAGUCUGAUCAAGAAAUUGUCCAGUUGUUCAAGCCAAGAUACCUAGAUUGGGCACUUGAAUCGAGAGGUGUAGCGGCAGCUCGCAAACUAUAUUUGAGAUUGGCAAGUGAGCCUCCUUACAUCAAAAGACUUCACCAGACCAUGUUCCGUGCAGAUAAAAUGGAAGAUAUACAGGUUUUGUCAACCCCUUUCCAAGAGAAAGUUCUGGACUAUUGGAUGGAGCAAUUUGGAGCUGAAGAUGUUGAAGUUCAUUUUCAAAAGAUUAUGCAUGUUAAACAGCUUGGGGGCCGUGAUGUGAGAUUAAAAUUAUUGACAAUUUUCGAUAAGGCAAUAAGAACAUUGUCAGACCCCAAGAAAAUCUCUCAGUUCAGAAUUAUGAUCCAUCAAAACAAAUUAUUUUUUUAAUGCAACAUCGAGAAUCAUAGCAAGAUCGGGCUCCACUGCAAAACAUUUGUCGCUAAUAAAAAAAAAACAGGAAACCCGAUGCAGGCUGCAAACUUUAUUGUUGUAUUCAAUUUAUAGUAUUAUGUAGGUAUAUGAUAUUUUUGUAUUGUAUUUAUUCUUUUCAUUGAGUUUACUUACUGAAACUAGAUUACCUGUAUUAUGUAGUUAUAGGAUAUAUAGCCAACUUUUAGAAUUUCGAAGUUUUUAUUUUAUUUGCCUUAAGCUUAGUCUAUAACAUAAUAUUUCAUGUUAAUGUUUUGAGCCUUUACUAAAUCAACAACUAUAAUUAAACGAUAGUUUAUCAA